UCUUUAAAAUAUUUAUGUUAUAUUUGUCAAAUUUGUUUUAAAAAAAAUGGUGGACAUAUUCACAUUCCUCCUGGACAAGAAAAAAGGCAUAUAUCUUAUAUAGAAAAUAACUAUUACAAUAAUGAUACUGAAAAAAGUUUGGAAUUAAUUAGUAAAUAG